AAGCAACUUACCUGGUAGAUCAAGCGCAGUACCGUCUCCGUUGGUGUCUCAACUGCAAGACGCAGCUCGUCGAUCAAGCCGAGCAGCUGGAAAUGCGACUGUGCAGAGCGGCAUGCACCUUGGUCCUGCAAUGCUGUCUGCUUGAUGGUCUCCACUAGGGAGAGGACCUUGGACUGGUCGGCAGUCAUCUUUUAACAUAAAAAGUAGUAAAUGUGAGUAAAUGUGAGUAGAUACAGAAGACUAUGCUAUAGUUGGGUGGUAUGGGAAUGCGUGAGAUGCAAAGAUGUAGCAGCGGUGAAACAACAUGCAGGUUAAGGGAUUAUAUAGCACUUUCCGCGGAACAGAAAACCAACCCAAAACUGGAAAUAUCCAAUAAUUCAAGCAGUCGAUCAAUCAGCAAGGAUGGCAAUCGCGCAAUGAUGCCCGUACCCGGACUCCUGGAAAAAGCAAGCCUGGCAGGCCGGUCGCAUCCGCCAGGUCUCCAAGGCAAGGAUAAUUGCAGGACACUUCAAUCUGGGACUUUGUGUCGAUGCUUUUCCAAUAGUUCCGGAUGCAGAUUGUCGGGCGAGGCCCUAGAUCAUCAUGACACAAUAGCAGUAGCAGACGCAUCGCCGCAUGAAUCACGUCGCACGGGGCAGAGGUUGAAGGUGGUCCAGCCGUAUCUUUUCCGACUAUUCUCCCCAGGCUUUUACUUUUUGUGGUCCAGCUGACGAACCUCCUCCCAUUACGGGACGCCCAAUCUAUCUGUGGCAAUGGCUUUCA